AUGGCGGAUGGAGACUCGGUGCAGCACCGGCUCGGGCCAUCUUCCACCGUGACCGACAUGGCCGCGGGAUCGCACGAGGAUAAAACAGAGGCAUGGAGCCCGGAGGCAUUCCAUGGCAUCGCAUCCAGCCAGGAAGCCCGGGAUACCCAACCGAGCAACUCCUCUGCCAGAGCUCUGUCGCUCAUUUAA